AGCUUCCUCAGUCAACCGGAAUGGGUCUUUGUAACAGAGUGCUUACGAAGCAGCGAUCCUCGGUGUCAUCCAAAAGAAGAGCUUUUCGAUUUGAUGCUUUCUUGUUCUUCAUUGAGCUGCAAUGUUUGGGAAGCGGUCAAACCUGGUUUGAAGUCUGUUGAUGAACUUCAUCUGAUGGAGCUAGUAUCUCAAGGUCAUUUCUUGCGAGCAAUGCUAGAGGACUGGCACGAAAGGCAUGUCGAACGACUCUCCAAUGACCCACGUGACGACCCCUGGUUGUUUCUUUCCUCGAUUUACUACCACGCUACCUCUAUAUACUUGUCCGGAAUUUUUGAUUACCGUCCUCAAUUUGAUCUCUUAUUCCCAGCAAGCCUCCCUUUCCAAAUCAUACAAUCCCAUGUCACACAUCUGCUGAUUGGAAUACACACGGCACUUGAUACUACCAAUCUCGCCGGUGUGCUUUUCUUCUUCCCCCUGAGGGUAGCUGGUGCUAGAUCAUGGUCAGAGGAUCAAAAGCUAUCGAUUUUGCAUAUGCUCAAGGAGAUAUCAAGGAGGGCCUACGUUGUUGCUGAUGCCUUUGUAUUGGACCUCAAUACACUAUGGGCCAUGGACCGCAAUCGAGAAAAUGCUCGUAGAGCUUGGGAUUGAGACAGGCCAAAUGGUUCAAUUGCAAGGUCUAUCCACAGCUACCAUGACAAGCCCCGCGAUACAUU